AUAGUGGAUAUAAUCUGUAAAACACUUGUUAUUAAGGAAACACCUAUUCCAACCAAAGUUGCCCGACUAUAUUUGGUAUCAGAUAUUCUACAUAAUAGUAGUGUUUUAGUGCCGAAUGCCUGGAAAUUUAGAACAGUGAAAAUAUUUGAACAUUUGAACGAGGUAUAUAGAUCUAUUGCGGCUAGAUUGAAGCAGAGACUUUUAGGGUAA